UCUCCUCACUGUGCAUGGAUGUGUGUUUGAGUCUAUGUUUGUGUGUGUGUGCAUGUGUAGGCUGUGUAUGUGUGUGUAAACUGCCUUCUCUCGUGCUUGUGACGAUUGACUGCCACCGAGUCUGACGGUGAAUAAACGGGAUUAUAGAAAAAAAGAACAACUCCGGGAGCACCGUAACACGGCGAUACGCUUUGUGUGACCUGUGCUGUCCGAGCUAGCAGCGGGUCGGUCCGAUACGAUGAGCCAGCCUCGGCCGGACGAGUUCAAGCCUCCUCCGGAGUGCCCGGUCUUCGAGCCAAGCUGGGAAGAAUUUAGAGAUCCGUAUGCCUUCAUCAAUAAGAUCCGUCCCAUUGCCGAAAAAACUGGCAUCUGCAAAGUCCGCCCGCCUCCGGGUUGGCAACCUCCGUUUGCUUGUGAUGUGGACAGACUUCACUUUGUUCCUCGGAUCCAGAGGCUCAAUGAACUGGAGGCACAGACCAGAGUCAAGCUCAACUUCUUGGACCAGAUUGCCAAAUUCUGGGAUUUGCAGGGAUGUGUCUUGAAGAUUCCUCAUGUGGAGAGGAAGAUUUUGGAUUUAUAUAAGCUAAAUAAGCUGGUAGCAGAUGAGGGUGGAUUUGACAUUGUCUGUCAGGACAGACGAUGGACCAAGAUUGCAAUACACAUGGGUUUUACCCCUGGCAAAGCAGUCGGCUCACACCUGCGAGGGCAUUAUGAAAAAAUCCUCUAUCCGUACAAUCUGUUUCAGAGUGGAGCAAACCUGCUGUGUGUUCAAAAGCCAGUCCAGCCAGUGGAGAGCACCAAAAGCACAGAGAGCAUGGACGCCAAGGAGCCCAAGGUGCAGGACCAGGCUCAGAGGCCGACUGGCCAGACGCCCGACCUCGGCCCCACUGCUCGCAGAGCCAAGCGCAUCAAGUGUGAGGCCAUUUGUGUGAAGACUGAACCAGAGCCCGGCGACAACAAGCCAAACCUGAGGCGGAGGAUGGGUUCUUUUGUCGUCAAGCAAGAACCAGAAAAAGAGAUCCCCAUUCCAGUGAAACAGGAACCAGUUGAAAGUAAAGAACCAAUAAUUGAAGCUGACAAAUCCAAGUCACGGUACAAGAAAAUCAUCCCCCCUCUUCUUCCAAGUCCAGUGGAUCUGGUUGUGUGUCUGGUGUGUGGCAGCGGGGGAGAUGAAGAACGUCUGUUGCUGUGUGACGGCUGUGACGACAGCUACCACACCUUCUGCCUGAUCCCUCCACUACUCGACAUCCCCAAAGGAGACUGGAGGUGCCCCAAGUGUCUCGCUCAGGAAUGCAGCAAACCUCACGAGGCAUUCGGCUUUGAACAAGCAUACAGAGACUAUUCCCUGCGUGCAUUUGGGCAAAUGGCUGAUGCUUUCAAAUCCGAUUACUUCAACAUGCCAGUUCAUAUGGUACCCACAGAGCUGGUGGAGAAAGAGUUCUGGCGUUUGGUGGGAGCCGUCGAAGAGGACGUUACUGUAGAAUACGGAGCAGAUAUUGCCUCAAAGGAGUUUGGGAGCGGAUUCCCCAUUCCGAAUGGGAAAUUUAAGGUUUCCCCAGCUGAUGAGAAAUACCUUGAGUGUGGCUGGAACCUCAACAACCUGGCGAUGAUGAACCCUUCUGUACUGACUCAUGUGACAGCUGACAUCUGUGGGAUGACGCUGCCAUGGCUUUAUGUCGGCAUGUGCUUCUCCUCCUUCUGCUGGCACAUUGAGGAUCACUGGAGCUACUCCAUCAACUACCUGCACUGGGGGGAACCAAAAACCUGGUACGGAGCUCCUGGUUUUGCAGCAGAACAGCUGGAGGAGGUGAUGAGGAAACUGGCCCCGGAGCUGUUUGAGUCUCAGCCUGACCUGCUUCACCAGCUGGUCACCAUCAUGAACCCCAACACCCUGAUGGCCCACGGAGUCCCAAUUUACAGAACAAACCAGUGCGCUGGCGAGUUUGUCAUCACGUUUCCCAGAGCCUACCACAGUGGCUUCAAUCAGGGCUUCAACUUCGCUGAGGCGGUCAACUUCUGCACUGUUGACUGGAUGCCUCUUGGCCGGCAGUGCGUUGACCACUAUCGUAUGCUGCAUCGGUACAAUGUGUUCUCCCAUGAUGAGAUGGUGUGCAACAUGGCCACGAAAGCCAAAACGCUCGAUGUGGUUUUGGCGUCAGCUGUCCACAAGGACAUGGUCGCGAUGAUCCGAGAAGAGCAGACUCAGAGAGAGAAAGUUAAGAAAAUGGGGGUGUUUCAUCAGAAGGAGGCAAAAUACGAUCACCUCCAGGAUGACGAGCGGCAGUGUGCCAGGUGCAGGACCACCUGCUACCUGUCUGCCAUCACCUGUCCCUGCAGCCCAGGAGUACUGGUGUGUCUGCACCACAUCCACGACCUGUGCUCCUGCCCCACCACCAACUACACACUGAAUUACAGAUACACACUGGAUGAGCUGUUCCCCAUGAUGAUUGCUGUGAAGCAGCGAGCUGAACUGUAUGAUGAAUGGGCCUCCCUCGUGACAGAGACUCUUGAGGCUAAACUGGAAAAGAAGAAAGGCCUGCCAGUCUUUCGCUCCCUUCUCGCCCAAUCAGAGUCCAAGCUGUUCCCUGACAACGACCUGCUGCGUCGACUACGUCUGGUCACACAAGAUGCAGAGAAGUGCUCCUCGGUGGCACAGCAGCUGUUGAAUGGCAAGAGGCAGACCAGGUAUCAGUGUGGCAGUGGGAAAUCGUGCAGCCAGCUGACGGUGGAGGAGCUGAGUUCAUUUGUGAGGCAGCUGUAUAACCUCUCCUGCAGUCUUCCUCAAGCCCCCAUGUUGAAGGAACUCUUGAAUCGCAUCGAAGACUUCCAGCAGCACAGUGAGAAGGUCCUAACAGACGAAGUUCCCAGCGUCGCUGAGAUCCAGAGCCUGUUAGACGUCAGCUUCGACUUUGACGUGGAGCUGCCUGAGCUGCCCCGCCUGAGAGUGAGGCUGGAGCAGGCCCGCUGGCUGGAGGGGGUGCAGCAGGCCAGCGCUCAGCCCGCCACCCUGACUCUGGAGACCAUGAGGAGGCUCAUCGACCAGGGAGUCGGCCUGGCACCUCACCCCUCUGUGGAGAAAGCCAUGGCACGCCUGCAGGAGCUGCUGACUGUGUCCGAGCAUUGGGAGGACAAGGCCAGCGGUCUCCUUAAAGCCAGACCACCACACUCCAUAGAGACCCUUAGUGCUGCUGCUGAGAAGGCGUCCGGCAUCCCCGCUUACCUCUCAAACUGUCUCCUCCUCAAAGACACCAUCAGAAAAGCCCGAGAGUGGCUCCAAGACGCUGAGGAGCUUCAGGCCAGUGGUUGCACACCGAUGAUUGACAGCCUCUCUGACAUAGUGCUAAGAGGACAAGCCAUUCAAGUCCACCUGGAGCCUCUAGACAGGCUGGAGUCUUUAAUGGUAGAAGUGCAAGAGUGGAAAGAAUCUGCUGCUACAACUUUCCUUCAGAGAGACUCAACCCUUACCUUACUGGAGGUCCUGUGUCCGAGAUGUGAAGUUGAAAAUGUAGGUUCUCCAAAAAGGAAGGCCAAGAAAGGGAAAGAAUCGCCAAAAAGUAACAAAAAGAAAACACCAAGGCUUAACACUCUCAGUGAUGUGGAAACCGCUCUUUCAGAGACCAGGGACUCUACCUCUGCAAUGGCAACCCUGGAGGAGCUGCGGUUGAGGGAGAUGGAGGCUUUCUCUAAUCUCAGGGCAGCAAAUGAGUCAAAGCUCCUUCCCACGGCCGACUGCAUGGACCUGAAGGUGUGUGUCUGUCAGAAGGCGCCCAUGGGUGCGAUGUUACAGUGUGAACUCUGCAGGAAUGCUUUCCACAGCGUGUGCGUCCGAGACCCGUCGGACUCCUGCGAAACACAGCCAUGGCUCUGUCCGCAGUGCCAGCGAUCAGAAAAGCCCCCCUUGAACAAAGCGGUCUCUCUGCUGUCAUCUCUGCGGCGCAUUGGGGUGCGCCUGCCGGAGGGCGACGCCCUGCACUAUCUGGUCGAGAGGACAGUUAACUGGCAGCACCGAGCACAGCAGUCUUGUAACCUCCCAGAACUGGAAGAGAGACCAGGAACUCCUCCCACCUUAACCCGCUGGGCGUCAAGCAGCCACGACGCUCACAACAACACUCAGGCUCCUUGUUUGACUCCCGAGUGGAACAGGACAAGCCACGCUCAGACGGUCUUCUACACCGAGCAGAGGUGCAUCCCGCUGCAGGGCCUGAGUCAGGAUCUGGAGGAGCUGAUGGUGGAGGGACUCCUGCUGCAGGUGUGUCUGCCAGAGGUCCAGAGCCUCUUUCUCGUUUUAUUGGACAGAGCCAGCAGCCAGCACACAAACAGAUGCACGUCGCCACCACAGGACGAGUCCACCGACUGUGACAAACACAUGCCAUUUAACUCUCAGGGAAACAAUCUGCCGAUGAACCAGGAUGGUGUCACUGGUGUGAGGGAAACUACGAUUGGCUCAGAAAAGAAAGCAAAGCGGCAUCUGGACAGGGAAGGAUUAGAUGCAGAGCGCAGGGUGGACAAAAAGGACAAAAAGCACUCUCACAAAAGACAGAAGAUGAAUAAAAAGAGGCCGGCCUCGACCUCGUCCUCUCCCCGCUCUGAUUUCUCCCAGUCGGAGUCUGAUGAGGAAAUGGCCAUGUGUCCGGCAGAGAGGUGUCAGCUGCCAGAGGGAGAUGAGGUGGAUUGGGUCCAGUGUGACGGCAGCUGUAACCAAUGGUUCCACCAAGUCUGCGUCGGGGUCACGGCCGAGAUGGCCGAGAAGGAGGACUACGUUUGUGUCAGGUGUACACUGAGCGAUGGACAGAUGAGGAAAUGAAGAGAAUGUAGAGAUUUAUCUGAUGGAUGGCUGAAGAGAUCUCUCCGUCAUCAGUCCGUUUUAUUGAGCCACCAGUCUGGAUGUGUCAUUGAUCCUGCCCCCCCCCCCACCCCCCCGCCCUCCUCUUCGUCAUGUCUGUCCGAGCCUUUUGUAAAAACGGUGCUAUCUCCUCUUUGACUUGUUGUCUGGAACUAUAAUGUUUAGUUAUUUUUUUGUAUUUUUACAUAUAUAUAUAUAUUAUAUAUAUAUUUCUUUCUUCUUAUGAACUGUUUGUGGUUGUCUAAAUGAAAAGGAAAAAAAAAAACGUGUGCUGCAUGGGUUUCCGUUACAUCGGCGCAAAAGGAGUUCUACAACAGUAAAGAGGGUUAAUCAAGGGUUAAUAUUAUCUUCUCUGGAACCUCCUUGCAUGUUAAACCAGAGCUAAGGCGACCGAAGUCACGGUUUUCACCCCCCCCCCCCCCCCCAAAUGAUUAUUACGAUUCUUUUUUUUUUUUUUUUUUUUUAUCCAGUGUUUAGUAAAUGCAUCUUCAUAUAAUUAUUCCCACCUUUUUGGAGAAUAGGUUUAUUUAUGUGAGCAAUAAUUUUUGUCUGAAUCGACUUCAAUGGCUUGAUCUCCGCUGAGUUGUGUUGGGGCUUUAGCGAUGGUGUGAUGUACAGCGCAGAUGGAUGGAUGGAUUACAUCUGUGGAGUGGCAACGUAGCGCUGCUGACAUAUUCCCACCACAGCAUGUAACCCAGCAUAGGAUACUAUGGGGGGGGGGGGGGGGGGGUAGCAGAAGCGGAAGAUGUUACAAGUUUAUAUUGUGGAAUAAAGCCCUUUUGUUCUA